AUGACAAGAACAGCCCUGAUCACCGGGGGGACGGGCCUGCUUGGUCGCGAGGUCGUGAAGGAGUUCAACGAGGCUGGGUGGAAGGCAAUAGGCACUGGAGUCACUCGAGCGAAACCGCCUUCCAUCGUGAAGUUGGACCUACUUGAAGAGGGCGGGAUUGAGAGAGUGCUUGAUGAAGUCAAACCAGAUGUCGUUGUGCACUGCGCCGCCGAUCGCUUCCCCGAUUCCGUCGCCCAAAACCCCUCACGUGCUCGCGCUCUGAACGCCUCAGCGCCCACAAAGCUCGCCUCCCUCACCGCAGCCCGUGGCACAUUCCUCCUCUACAUAUCGACCGAUUACGUCUUCUCUGGCCGGCCUGGCGAAGCGCCUUACAAGCCCACCUCGACCCGCGAUCCGCCCAACACAUACGGCGAGACGAAAGCGGAGGGCGAGGAUGGCGUUCUACGUGCCGGCAGCGACUCUGGGAAUGACAAAAUCCUGGGCGUUGUGCUGCGUGUGCCAAUCCUUUACGGUUCCGGCGAGCGCUCUGAGAGCGCCGUCGGGGUGCUCGUAGACCAGGUCGAGAAGGCGCAGGACAUCAGGCCCGACAGGGGCGAGGCGACGAUCAAGAUGGACGACUAUGCACAGCGCUAUCCUACAAACACCGAAGAUGUUGCGCGGGUGUGUCGUGAGAUCUGCGAGCUCUACACUUCCAGGAACACGAAAGGCAAGGGCGGGGAGCUGCCAAGGAUACUGCAUUUCUCGUCUGAGGACCGGAUGACGAAGUACCAGAUGUGCGAGGUCUUUGCUGAAAUACUGGGGGCGCCGAUGGGUGGGCUGGAGAGAUAUAGGCCGGAUGAGGAGGAGGCACAGAAGGAGGGGAUCAAGAGGCCUUAUGAUUGCCAUUUGGAUACUACGGAGCUGAGGGAGCUGGGCGUCAAUGUUAGCACGAUGGAUUUCACAGGUUGGUGGAGGAGGGAGCUCAGAGCUUUCAGACAUUAG